AUGUCAGAGGAAUCACAAUAUUCUGAGCAUCCAGGAGGGUGGAUUGAAUGGUUUUGUCAAUUGCCUUAAAAUUAAUAUCUGACUGAAGUGGAUUCCGAAUUCAUUCAAGAUCCAAAUAAUUACGGCCACCUCAUUAAAUAAUUCAAUCUCUUUUAAUAAGCCUUACAAAUGAUAUUGUCAUCAGAAUAGCCAGAUACUUUGGAUCUAGAAAACGAGAAAUUCCUUGAAUUAUACACAGAAGCCAGUGAUAUUUAUGGAUUACUUCAUCAGGCAUUCAUCUAAACUCCAAAAGGCUUAGCAAUAAUGAGAGAAAGAUUUUUGAAUGGCAGAUUUGGUCACUGUCCAAGAGUCCUUUGUGAAAAACAGAAUACCAUACCUAUUGGAUUGAGUGAGAGCCUAAAAACUAGCAGAAUUAAAGUGUAUUGCCCAAGAUGCAAGGAAGCAUAUGCCCCACGCAAGAGUUAGGCAGACUUCGAUGGGGCAUAUUUUGGUCGCAGUUUCCCCAUGCUGCUUUUGUUGACUUACCCUGAUGUGCAUCCUAAAUUCACUAUUCAAUUAGGCACUGAGUUAUUUACCCCUUUCUAACCAACUCUUUAUGGAUUCAAAGUUAGAGAUGAAAAAUAAAUCUAAUAAACUUCUACAUAGUUACAAUCAUAAUUACCAUAACAACAACAGUAAUAAUAAUAAAUUAUUACUGAACACACAAAUGGAAUUGUUGAAAAAGAAAAUCACCAUUAAUAAGAAAAAUAAAAUGCUGAAUAAGAAUCAAAAUAGUAAAAAAAGAAAAAGAAAAAUAAAAAACAAUGA